UAAACGUCACUGUCAUUAUCAUUAUCAUUAUAUUUGAAACUGUUAUCUAAAAUGUCACUAUCAAUACAUAUUUGAGAACGAAGAUAAUUCUCAAUGCAACUAUUAAUGAUAUUUUUCCAAUUAGAAUUAUCAGCUGUACUUGGAAAUACAUGCAUGCUUCCUUGCUAUUGCUGGUUGAAUAGCCAAUUACUCUUCAAUUUUGGUGGUGCUCAACAACUUAUAAAGGCUUGUUGCCCAUGUUGAUUUGGUUUGUUUUUGAAAACUUUCUCCAUAUGACCAAAUCGAUUGCAAGCUUUAAGAGAAGAUAUUGUGUUAUAAAGAUAGGAAAACUUUAAAAAGGAGCCGUAGAGUGAUCACGAAGCUCAGAGUAGCAAGUAAUGUUUUAGAUGAUAAAGAUCUUUCUCACAUAUUAUGGUGGAAUGAGAAGUUGCAGAUGUGCAAAAAGCCCUCAACAGUGCAUCUAAUUGAAAGGCUUGACUAUUCAAAUUUGCUUGGCAUGGAUUGUAACUUGAAAAAUGGAAGCUUGAAGGAAGAAAUACUUUACUUGGAAAUGUUGCAGUUCAAGUCAAAAUUCCCGCGCCAAAUUUUACUCGGCAGAGUUGGGGACUUCUAUGAAGCUGUUGGAAUAGAUGCUUGUAUUCUUGUUGAAUAUGCGGGUUCAAAUCCCUUUGGCGGUCUGCGAACAGAUAGCAUCCCCAGAGCUGGUUUCCCUGUUGUGAAUCUUCAACAAACUUUGGAUGAUCUUACACAUAAUAGUUAUUCUGUGGUGAGUGCAGCAAUUCAAUGGUGCAUUGUGGAGGAGGUUCAGGGCCCAGCUCAAGCUCAAUCCACGAAACGCCGUUUUGUAUCUGGGCAUGCUCAUCCGGGAAAUCCCUAUGUAUAUGGACUUGUUGGGGUUGAUCACGAUCUUGACUUUCCUGAACCUAUGUCUGUAGUAGGCAUUUCUCAUUCGGCAAGGGGAUAUUGCAUUAAUAUGGUCCUAGAGAUCAUGAAGACAUAUUCUUCAGAAGACUGCUUGACAGAAGAAGCAGUUGUUACUAAGCUUCGAACUUGUCGUUACCAUCACUUAUUUCUGCAUACAUCUUUGAGCAGGAACUCUCGUGGAACGUCUAGUCGGGGAAAAUUUGGUGAAGGGGGCCUCUUGCGGGGAGAAUGUAGAUCCAGACAUUUUGAAUGGUUUGAUGGAAACCCUAUUUCUGAUCUUUUUGUCAAGGUAAAAGAGCUUUAUGGUCUUGAUCAUGAUGUUAUGUUUCGGAACGUAACGGUGUCUUCAGGAAAUAGGGCUCAACCUUUAACUCUUGGAACAUUUACUCAAAUUGGUGUCAUUCCUACAGAUGGAAUUCCAUCUUUGUUGGAGGUCUUACUUCUACCACAUUGCACUGGAUUACCAGUACUGUAUGUUAGGGAUCUUCUUUUGAACCCUCCUUCCUAUGAGAUUGCAUCCAAAAUUCAAGCAACAUGUAAACUUCUGAGCAGUGUAACAUGCUCAAUUCCAGAAUUUACAUGUGUCUCUUCAGCUAAGAUUGUAAAGCUACUUGAAUGGAAGGAGGCCAAUCAUAUUGAACUUUGUAGAAUAAAGAAUGUCGUUGAUGAAAUUUUGCACAUGCACAGAACCCCUGAGCUCCAAGAAAUAGUGGAACAUUUAAUUGGCCUCACAUGGGUGGCUACUGGGUUAGAAAUUGACCUCAAAACCUUGGUUGCUGGAUGUGAAAUCGCAUCAGGUAAGAUAGACAAAAUAAUAUCUCUAGAUGGUAACAAAGAUCAGAAAGUCAGCUCCUUCACAGCUAUUCCCGAUGAAUUUUUUGAGGAUAUGGAGUCUGAAUGGAAAGGUCGAGUAAAAGCAAUCCACAUAAAUGAUGUACUUACUUCUGUGGACGAAGCAGCCAAGGCCUUGCAUUUAGCAGUUACUGAAGUUUUCGCUGCUGUAGUUUUUGGACUAAAAGCUUUCGUACGGAAUCAUAAUGUAGAAAUAUUUUAUUGUCGAGAGCAGAAGGCAGUGUGGUUCAAGAUUCCAUAUCAUUGGUAUUUAUCGACACUAAGCAUUGGUAGCCCCGGAGAGGAACACAUUGAACAGCUUAAGUAUGCUGUAGAUUCUAAAGGUAGAAAGGUAGGUGAUGAAUUGUUUACCACUGGGAUGGUGGAGGAUGCGUUAUCAAGGUACCAUGAAGCAAAUGCCAAGGCAAAAGCUAGAGUUUUAGAACGUCUAAGAGGACUUUCUGCUGAAUUGCAAUCCCAUAUAAACAUCAUUGUCUUUUCUUCCACAUUAGUUGUGAUUACCAAAGCUUUAUAUGCUCAUGUGAGUGAAGGGAGAAAGAGGAAAUGGGUUUUUCCUACAAUAGUAGAAUCCCAGGGGCUUGAGGAUGGGAAGCCGCUGGACAAAAACUGUGAGAUGAAGAUGGUUGGUUUAUUACCAUAUUGGUUCAACAUGGCAGAAGGAGGCGCUGUGCAUAAUACUAUUGAUAUGCAAUCAUUGUUUCUAUUGACAGGAGCAAAUGGUGGUGGUAAAUCAAGUUUGCUUCGGUCAAUUUGUGCUGCUGCACUACUUGGGAUAUGUGGACUUAUGGUUCCUGUUGAAUCAGCUCUGAUUCCAUAUUUUGACUCCAUCAUGCUUCAUACGAAGUCAUAUGAUAGUCCAGCUGAUCACAAAAGUUCAUUUCAGGUCGAGAUGUCUGAACUUCGAUCCAUCAUUACUAGAACCACCAAAAGGAGCCUUGUGCUUGUUGAUGAAAUAUGCCGAGAAGCAGAAGAUGCAAAAUGAAUUUGUAUUGCAGGCAGCAUCAUUGAAACUCUUGAUAGUAUUGGCUGUCUAGGUAUUGUAUCUACUAACGUGCUCAAAAUAUUUACCUUGCCGCUUAACAUCAAGAACGCUGUGCACAAAACAAUGGGCACCACUUGCAUUGAUGGACAAACAAAACCUACUUGAAAGCUGACAGAUGGUAUUUGUACAGAAAUUAUUGCUUUUGAUUGUACAGAUGGUAUUCCUAAGAUUGUUGCCAAAAGAGCUGAAGAGCUUUAUAUGUCACAUUAUGCUAAGAAACUGCCUUUUUGUCAGUUGUGUUGAUGACUAACAACAGCUUAUGAGCAACAAUAGAAAUCAAAAUAUAAAAAUAAUUGUCCAGAGAAGGUAUGUACGGACAAUUUAGUAGUAAUCAAAAUAUAAAAAUAAUUGUCCAGAGAAGGUAUGUACGGACAAUUUAAUAGUAUUGAUGGAGGAGAAGAGUUUGUUGAACAAUUUGGUUUUCAUUGAAGAUACAUACGUGUGGUUGCUUGUAUAAUUUGUAGAGGAAAUGAAAGGAAAUAUGUCAAUUUAUGUGAUAACUAGCGGAGAUUUAGUUUUGAAGCAUGCAAUUAGAAGGGUAUUUCUUCAUCUCUAUCAUA